CACAAGGUAUAUGCAAAGUAGUUUACUGUUGCUAUGCAAACUUACUUAAUAAUGGCAAGUGAUUUGCUGUGGCAAUGCAAAUUCACAAGGUAUAUGCAAAGUAGUUUGCUGUUGCUAUGCAAACUUACUUAAUAAUGGCAAGUGAUUUGCUGUGGCUAUGCAAAUUCACAUGGUAUAACAGCAACCUUCUACCUUAACCUUCUCUUUUGUCUCACUCUUUGCUUUCCCCUCCCUUUUUAACUAGGGAAGAGUCUAGUUUUUCUAAGAUUUUUAUCAUUCAAGGGGUUCUUAGGUCUGUGUUUGAUGGGUAAACAUUAUCAUGUUUUGUGGCGGGUUAAAAAACUGAGAUAGUUUUUUCCCUGAAAUCAAACACCGACCAUAAAUUACGUCAUUGCUCAGGCAAUACAAGGGCUGAUGCACCGAAAGCCCAAAUUGUUUUUCCUGAGAUAGGGAUUUAGUUUUAGAAUUAAUAAGGGGCCCCGCGAAGGAAUUAAAUGGGAAUUAAUCAGUUAAUUCGAGUUAAUACCCGCGGGGAAGGCACACAUCCUCUCUCAAUGGGCAUGUCAGUAUGCACGUUCAUCCUGUCAAGGCUGUCAAUUACAGUUAGCAACCUAUUAUGAUGCAAAUUACAUCAUGGUGCCAUUGCAAGGCAGUGCCCUAGCAUAUCCAGUUGCAGGCCAUUACACAGCACGUGGCUCACGCCACGUUGUAUGCGUUGUUUCCCCCUCCCAGUCCCACCCCUCUCUUUAGUUUUUUCUCUACCUGCCCCUAUUACACUUCCUUCUCCCUCUCUUCCAGCUAGUUCUCACACAGUAUUCACUGCGUGACAGGUGUAUCAGUCUGAUUGGCGGGUUAAAAAACUGAGAUAGUUUUUUCCCUGAAAUCAAACACCGACCAUAAAUUACGUCAUUGCUCAGGCAAUACAAGGGCUGAUGCACCGAAAGCCCAAAUUGUUUUUCCUGAGAUAGGGAUUUAGUUUUAGAAUUAAUAAGGGGCCCCGCGAAGGAAUUAAACAUUAUUAACAAUAAAAAUAACUAAGAGUGCAUGAUUUCAGGCGCGCAGUCUCAAAUUUUCAAAAUAAACUUGCCCGCGCAAGAAGCAAAGUUUCCAGUCUGGCACGAACACAGCGUGGAGGUCUUGUCAAGUUUAGGCGGCAGGCUCUGAGCAAACAUUCUACUGAUUCUGCUUAAAACAGUAGUUCGGGAGUAGAAAAGGGUCUUAUCGAGAAUGUCUUACUUGCAACCAUGUUUUGGCUACCUGAAAAAUGCUUUAGCACGAGGACUUUAUGCCCGCGAAAACGCCAUCAAGCGUCGUGCCGUCCGUGCCAUGUCAACUUUUUACAGUCAAAAACCUGUUCCACAACUCGAUCAUAUAAGCAGCAAUCACCAAGAAAUGUACCAGCUUAGUAUAAAGGAUCCAGACUUUUUUUGGGGUCAACUCGGUGCUUCGAGACUAAAAUGGAUAUCGAAUUUCCAUACAGUCCGCAACUCUGACUUGAGAGCUGGAAAACAUGAGUGGUUUAUUGGAGGACAGAUCAAUGUUUCUGAAAAUUGUCUUGAUCGCCAUGUGGCAAAGGACCCAAACAGAAUUGCACUGAUCUGGGAAAAAGAUGAGCCAGGAAAAACAGUGCAUGUUUCCUAUAGGGAAUUAAUGGAUGAUACAUCAAGAAUUGCCAAUGCCUUGAAACGACAAGGUGUAAAGAAAGGUGACAGAGUUUGUAUUUACAUGCCAGUGUCCCCAAUUGGUGUUGCUAGUAUGCUUGCUUGUGCAAGAAUUGGAGCAGUUCAUAGUGUUGUCUUUGCUGGUUUUAGUGCAGAUGCACUAGCAUCUAGGAUUCAAGAUGCUGGGGCUAAAGUGCUACUUACGGCUGAUGCGGGCAUAAGAGGUGGAAAGAGAAUACCGCUAAAGAAGACUGUUGAUGAAGCUUUACGUCAAUGCCCGGAGGUCCGCACUGUGUUUGUGGCACAAAGGACAGGAGCAAAUAUCCCAAUGCAUCCUGACAGAGACAUUUAUUUGGAUAGGGCUAUGGAGUCUGAGUCUUCCCAUUGUGAGCCUGAACCAAUGGACAGUGAAGAUACCUUGUUUAUUCUAUACACAUCUGGAAGCACUGGCCAGCCAAAGGGAGUAAUGCAUUCUCAAGCAGGAUAUAUAUUGUAUGCCUCUCUCACUCAGCAGCUCUGUUUCAAUUACAAACCUGGAGAUAUAUAUGCCUGUGUAGCAGAUAUUGGCUGGAUAACUGGGCACAGUUAUGUUGUUUAUGGUCCACUUGUCAAUGGUGCAACAACUGUUUUGUUUGAAAGCACCCCAACAUACCCAGAUCCUGGUAGAUAUUGGGAAAUGAUAGAAAGGUUGCAAGUCAAUCAGUUUUAUGGAGCACCAACAUCAAUUCGUAUGCUGCUUAGAUUUGGGGAUGAGUAUGUCAAAAAAUAUAACAGAUCUUCACUUAAAGUUCUUGGUACCGUUGGAGAGCCAAUUAAUGAAGAGGCUUGGCACUGGUACAAGGAUGUUGUUGGGGAGGGGAGGUGUCCUGUUGUUGAUUCAUGGUGGCAAACAGAAACUGGUGGUGCCAUGAUUGUGCCAUAUCCUGGACCAGAAAAUCAAGUUUGGAAACCAAGCUGUCCAUUGAGGCCCUUCUUUGGUGUAGAUCCUGUGAUCCUUGAUGAGAAGGGCAACGAAAUGCAUGGGGAUAAUGUUUCUGGUCUUUUAUGCUUACGAUCUUCGACACCCGGCAUGUCACGCGGAGUUUAUGGCAAUUUUGAAAGACAUUUGGAUACCUACUACAGGCCAUAUCCAGGGUACUACUUCACUGGUGACGGUGCACGACGGGAUAUCGAUGGACACUAUCACAUUACAGGUCGAGUUGAUGACGUCAUGAACAUCAAGGGAGUGCGUUUAGGAACAGCAGAGGUCGAAGACAUAAUGGAUAACCAUCACAAUGUAGCUGAAACUGCUGUAGUAGGAUACCCACACGAGAUUAAGGGCGAAGGCGUCUAUGCUUACGUGAUUUUAAAGGAUGGAGUAACAGUUAAUGAAGAAGUAUUGAAGGAAGAACUUAGAAAGAUGGUGAAGAAGGCUAUUGGAAGUCAUGCGGUUCCUGAGAUGAUCCAGAUUUCUCCCGGCCUGCCAAAAACGAGGUCAGGUAAGAUCAUGCGCAGAAUCCUGCGAAGUAUUGCAGCGAAUAGAUUCGACAAACUCGGUGACGUAAGCACACUUGCAGAGCCGACAGUUGUUAAUGGACUGAUUCUUGAGCACGAGAAACUUCUUGAGGCAAUGGAAAAGAAAGGCUAAAGGAAGGAAUGAUGUAAAAAUUUUCAUUCAAUUUAAUUAACCAAAUCAUAAUUUUGUAAUUUAAUCCAUGCAACGUUUUUUGUAGUCAGAAAAUGCAAAAUAUCUUCAGUUUUUAGCUCCUGAAUCUCGGAAUUCAGAUACUAAGCAAAUUAAACUUUUGGAUAUAAUGAAUGAUAACCCAAGUUCUUAACCGUGUAUUUUUAGAUAUUUCUAAUUGCUACCAGUAUAUGAAUUUUUUAAUGUUCCACUUUUACUCUUUAUCUCAAAUGUACGAUAAACUCUAUGAGAGAUAACCUUUUUAAUCUCUCUCAAGACAUAUGCAAGCGUUAAGAAUCGUCUGCAAACCAUUGAGUGCGGUUCAGUCGGGUUGGUGAAAAAUUGCUGUACCCUAAUGAUUUGAAAGGAGGUUAAAGCACCUUACAUUAUUUACCCUCGUUCAUCCUUAUUAACACUUAUUCAUCCUUGUUCACCCUUAUACACCAAUAUUCACCCUUAUUCGUGUACGAACGACUGACGUACGAUUUUGAAACAGCAAUGGAAGAGGUAUUCUCAGAUUGAAUUGAGAUGAAGGGAAGACCAUAUGGCUCCUUUUUUUAAUUUUCGUGAUUUGAAGACGAUUCUUAUGUAAACGACGUAAUUUAUGUAAUAGACUUAAUGUAACACCUAUUUAGCAAUUCUUACUUUUGGAAA